GGAGUAUUUCUAGCAUUUAGGGAGUACUACGUAAGAAAGCCUUAAACCCGAACAAAACCGCUAGCAGCUUAUACUGGGAAAAGAGCGAAGCAGAGAGAGAUGAACUCUAGGCGUCUGAUUUCGUCGGGAUCAUGGCUGGUGAGAAAGCUUUGCACGGCGACCUCCGAGAAGGCGAAGAUAAAGGCGGCGGUUGCGGCGGCGUCUCCGAUGAGAAAUAGACUGUAUCCGAGGCUGUCGGCUCUAGCAGCGACGGGGGGAACGGUGUCAGAGGCGUUGAACGAUUUCAUUAUGGAGGGCAAAAAGAUCAGGAAAGAUGAGCUAGGCCGCUGCGUCAAAGAGCUCCGCAAGUACCGUCGUUACCAGCACGCCCUUGACAUAAUGGAUUGGAUGGAGAGGAGGAAUCUGCAUUUAUCCCACGUGGACCAUGCUAUACGUUUAGAUCUUAUAGCAAAAACCAAAGGAAUUGAUGCAGCUGAGAAUUACUUAAGCGCCCUGCCACCCAGUGCCAAGAAUCAAUUAACCUAUGGAGCCCUUUUGAAUUGCUAUUGCAAUAAUCUUAUGAAGGACAAGGCUUCAUCUCUCUUUCAGAAAAUGGAUGAAUUGAGGUUCACUAACAAUACCUUACCAUUCAACAAUCUCAUGUGCCUGUACAUGAGAUUGGGGCAACCCGAGAAAGUGCCGGAACUUGUUGAUGAAUUGAAGCUCAGAAAUAUUCCCCGCUGUCGCUUUACUUAUGUUGUCUGGAUGCAAAGCUAUGCGAAUUUAAAUGACAUCGAGGGAGUCGAGAGGGUUUUGGAGGAGUUGGCACAGGAUAGUGAAGAUAAGUGUACUUGGACAACGUAUAACAAUCUGGCUGCAAUUUAUGUCAAGGCUGGGCUGUUUGAGAAAGCCGAGGCAUGUCUUAAGAAGCUCGAGAAGGAUAUGAUGCCUCGUCAGCGCGAGGCUUACCAUUUUCUGAUUAGUUUGUAUGCUGGUACUUCGAAUCUGGCUGAGGUUCAUCGAGUGUGGGAAGCUCUGAAAAGAGCCUUUUCCACUGUUACCAACACUAGCUAUCUUGUUAUGGUUCAGGCCCUAGUUAAACUAAAGGAUUUGGAGGGGUUGAAGAAAUGCUUUGAGGAGUGGGAGUCUAGUUGCUCUGCUUAUGAUAUUAGGUUGGCAACCAGUACUAUCCGUGGUUAUCUAUCAGGGGACCUGAUUGAGGAAGCUGAACUUGUUCUGGGUAAUGCUAUGAAGAGAAGUAAAGGUCCUUUUCACAAGGUUAGGGAGCUGUUCAUGGUUUACUUCUUAGAGAAAUGUCAGUUUGACUUGGCUCUGCAACAUGUGGAAGCAGUUGUUUCUGAGAUGGGCGACUGGCGCCCGGCUCCUGAAACUAUAACUGCGUUUUUUGAUUAUUUCAUGAAAGAGCGCGAUGUUGAUGCUGCUGAAGAGUUCUGCAGGAUUCUGAAGAGUAAAAAUGGUCUCGAUUCCAAUGCCUACCAUUUGUUGCUAAAAACUUAUGUAGCCGCUGGUAAAGUGGCUCCGGACAUGCGUCGAAGGUUGGAGGUAGAUGGUAUUCAACUAAGCCAAGAGCUUCAGGACUUGCUUGUAAAUGUUUGCCGCGAGUAAUAAUUGUAAUCGGAAGCUGUAUCGAACCUACAAUUAUUUGGAUAAUUUGGAAUUUCUAUUUCUUGGGUUAAUGCUUCAAGUAUUCUCUGCGAA